AUGGCCAUGACCGAUGUUCAACGGCGUGGUUGCUGCGGCGCUUGUAUAAUCCCGUUAGCCGGAAUCGGCGUAUUAAUCUGGAUUCUCGUUAGCUCUAAACUCCCAAGCUUCUACGUCGAUCAAUUUUCCGUUUUUUCCCGCCAAGAAAAUACAAAUUCCUCUGUUCACAACUACACCAUCCAUUAUGAUCUUAGGAUAAGAAACAGUCGGAACAACGACAACAUGGGAAUUUACUAUGAUGCCCUCAACAUCACCUUUUAUUACAAACCUAUAGUCAACGGUUUCCCCGUUGAAAUUGGAGAUGCCACUUUUAGCCCCUUCUACCUACGCAGGUACAGAGGUACUAACCGCGUAGGAAGUAUUGAGACUAGAGGGGUAAGAUGGGAAAAUAAUAUGACACCGCCUGCGAUAUUCAGGGUGGAGUUGUUAACGGCUGUGAGGUAUAGGAAACCGUUGUGGAAGGGAAAACGACAUCGUUUAAUGAUAGGAGCUGACUUGAAAGUCAAUGAUCAGGGUAAUUUGGUCAAUAGAGGAGUUAAACUCAAGUCUAAUGCUAGAAGGAAUGAUAAGCUUCGUUUUGAGUUGGUGGGUAUUUUGGUUAUUAUUAUCUUCAUUAUUUCUUGCUAG